AUGCGACUACUAUAUACUACAAGCGAUGGUAGGCUUAAUUGGACCAAGAACCAUAUCAGCAACAAGGAGGUUCCUAACUAUGCGAUCCUCUCGCACACCUGGAAAGACGAACACGAAGUGACUUUCGACGAUUUAAAGAGCAUUGACAACGCGAAAGAAAGAGAUAGUCAGCGCAAUGAAGGAUAUCGGAAGCUUCGCUUCUGCGCACAGCAGGCUGAACAGGAUGGUCUGAACUACUUCUGGGUCGACACCUGCUGUAUCGACAAGUCAAACAGCGCUGAGCUUCAGGAAGCGAUCAACUCCAUGUUCCGCUGGUACCAGAACGCAGGAAGAUGUUACGUCUACCUUUCGGACGUCGAGCAGGACACUCUGGAUGGAGAUGGCGAGUCGGCCUUUAAGCAGAGUAGGUGGUUCUCCCGAGGCUGGACGCUCCAGGAACUCCUAGCUCCAAAAUCGGUCGAGUUCUUCUCUAGGAAAGGAAGGCGACUGGGUGACAAGGAGUCACUUAGGCACGUCAUUCAUGAGAUCACAAAAAUACCCGUUAAAGCUCUCCAAGGAAGCCGCUUAUCCGAGUUCACCAUAUCUGAGCGUCUCUCUUGGGCGGAAAAGCGCCAGACGACGCGCGAAGAAGACGGCGCAUACUGCCUUUUAGGCAUUUUCGACUGUCACUUGCCGCUGAUCUACGGCGAAGGCAAAGAGAAGGCGUUGAAGCGACUAAAGAAGGAGAUAGAAGAGACUUCUGAGGAGAUAGCAGGCGCUUCUGCGAAAAACACGAAGAGCCGCAGCCGAGGCCAAGAAGAGAGGCUUGGCAAGAUCUGCAGCUGGCUGUCGGCGCCUGACCCAUCCACAAACUACCACAAAGCGCAUAGGCAGCGGCAGGCUGAGACUGGACUCUGGCUGGUAGAGGGCGAGCAAUUUGCGAGAUGGAAGGCGAAUGCAGCAUCGCGGCUCUGGCUGUAUGGGAUCCCCGGAUGUGGAAAGACGAUCUUGAGCUCUACCAUCAUCAAGGAUUUACUGCAGCACUGCGGUGAUGACACCAGUAUGGUGACUGCAUACUUCUACUUCGACUUCAACGAUGCACAGAAACAAGAUCCAGAGCUGAUGAUCCGCUCGUUGCUCUGCCAGCUCCUGCAGCGUACAGUCGCAAUACCUAGAGGUAUUGACGCAUUGUUUACAUCCUGCAAGAAUGGACAAAGAUAUCCAUCAAUACAUGCGUUACUAGAAGUAGUACGGCUAACGCUACAGGAGUUUACGCAGGUCUAUAUUGUUCUUGAUGCUCUCGACGAAUGUACACAGCGCUCAGAACUGAUAGACAUGCUUGAAAUAGUGGCUGGGUGGCAGCUUGAUAAUGCGCAUUUGCUCAUGACUAGCCGCAAAGAGCGGAAUAUUGAGAGCUCUUUAGAAACCUUUAUCAUGCAAGAGGACAUUGUCUGUCUUCAGAUGGACGUCGUGGACAAGGACAUACAACGAUACGUUCAACAAAGGCUAUCUAACGAUAAGGGUCUGGCAAAGUGGAACAAAGACGAUGCUAUUAGGCAAGAGAUUGAGGGUGUACUAAUGCACGGAGCUCGCGGGAUGUUCCGAUGGGCUGUGUGUCAGCUUGACACAUUGGGGAAGUGUCGUAAUCGAGCAAUGCUGCGCAAGUCACUCACUACUUUGCCAAAAACACUGGACCAGACGUAUGACCGCAUUCUCUCUACUAUAAGCGAAGAAGACUCUGAAUACGCAAUACGCAUCUUGCGGUGGCUAACGUUCUCUGCGCGGCCACUGUCCGUUGAAGAGGUUGCUGAAGUCGUUGCCAUUGACGUAACGCGCGACCCGGCGUUUGACCGCGAUGAAAUGCUAGAGGAUGCGAUGGAUGUGCUAAGCAUAUGCUCCAGUCUAGUUACUGUGACCACAAAUAAGGCAGAAGGAAGACUAAGGUCUACGCAACAGAUCGUCGCUCUAGCACACUACUCUGUCCAGGAGUAUCUUGUUUCAGACCGGAUCAAGCACGGCCAGGUAAAGCAGUACAGCAUGCAAGAGGUUGAAUGCCACGACACUAUAUCUAGAGGUUGCUUGAAGUAUCUUCUACAGUUUCGCCAACCAGGAAUUCUUUCACAGGGAACCCUUAACAACUAUGGGCUCGCAAGAUACUCCGCCGAAUUCUGGAGCAGACAUGUUCAGAGGUCAGGGAAGGAGAAAGAAGGAAUAAGUGAGAUUGCGGUGGAUCUGCUAUCGAACGAAAAUCCUGCCUAUCUCGCCUGGAUGCAGUUAUUCAAUCCAGAUGUAGCUUGGCGAGACCCAGACUUUAACGUCACUUUAAAAGGCAGAGCCACUCCCCUUUACUACAUAGCGCUUAUCGGACUUAAUAAUAUUGCAAGAAUGCUAAUCGAAAAGGGUUCCGACGUUAACGCGCAGGGCGGAGAGUACGGCAACGCACUGCAGGCAGCUUCAUACGGAGGCUACGAGCAGAUAGUCAAGAUGCUGCUCGACAACAAGGCCGACAUCAACGCGGAGG